CCCAAUUUGACAUCUUGCCAAAACAAAAUAAAAAACGUGAUUCAAAAAUUGUCCCGCAAAAUGUCGAAAACACUCGUGAAAAAAGCGCUGGCGUUGGCGGAGGAAACUCUUCCCUCGAGCAAACCACUAGCAGAUGAUAAAACCACCAAACGGAAAGCGAGCGCCCUCGAGUUGAUCCCAAAACAUCAGAAGCUGGUCGAGCUGGUGGGCAAAAGGGGUCAACGGAUCGAAAAGGAUCUCAUCCGGCGGCGGGAGAAGGUAACCGUUUCCGACAUUCGACAGCAGCUCGCCAACAAACGGGAUCCAACGGAGGAAAACGUUCGCCGCCUGCUGCUACUGAGCUCCUCUACCUGCCGGCUUGACGAAGAAACACGGAAAAAGAUCCUGAAACGCGCCCAAACCGGAUGUUACGUUUCGAAAGUAAGGCUAUCCAAGGAGGCGCGCGAAGAGCGGAAGCUAAAGCGUGCUUCGGGCAAAGGUAAAGGCGACCCGGCGACUCCGGCUGCAGGGGAGAGUGUAUUUACGGAAGAUGAUUUCGAAAGUUUUGCCCGGGAACUGGAGGAGAGCGGAAUUUAAGGGCGAAUAAACGUGGAAAAAAAAGUUAAAUCAAAUCGGGUAUAGUCUC